AUGAGUAGACUGGAUAGAUUUGCAGAAGACUAUAAGAAACUAGAGACUCUAGAGCGAUCCAUUAAGGAAAACCUUAAGGAAAGACUACUCCUUCAAAAGCAAGGUUAAUCCACUGGAAGAGUAGAUUAUUUAUUGAGAAGUCACUCAGAUAACAUCAAAGACGAUGUCAAGAACUUUGAAAAACUGAUUUAUCUCUACUAAAACGAAGGCCAUAAAUACCCUGAACUAUCUGAGAAAGAGAAAUAGAAGCGUAUUUAGAAGAUUGAGGAACUUAAAGAGAGAAUUGAGGAAUUAAACACUUCAGUCAGAUUGCUCUUAGAUGGCAACAACUCACAGUAAUUCAGUGCAAACCCAACUAUGGAUGACAACGAAGCUAGACCCCUGAUGAAUAAGAGAGCCGAGGACGGAGAAUAUGAGGACACUCGUGGCAAGGAGAACAGAUAAAUUUUGAAGCAACAGAAAGACAUGAUUAAGAAUUAAGAUGAACAUCUUGAUUAGAUUGCAGGCAUAGUUUAAAACAUUAAAUAUGAAAACCAGAACUUUGGCUAGGAAGUCACAUACUAGAACAAGAUGCUGACUGAUUUGAACUCUCAAGUAGACAAGACUCACCAGAAGAUGGUCAAGGUUGAUAACAAGCUCAAAGAGCUGAUUGCCAAGUCUAACUAGUGGUGUCUGUGGGUUAUCAUAGUAGUGGAAUUAGUUAUACUUAUACUGUUGGUUGUUCUAUGA